UGAAUUUCCAUGAAUUGAUCAAACUCAUCAAUUUCUUCAGAGAAAAAUCAAUGGAUGAAUACUUUUAGCCAACAUUAUUCGGCAGUCAAGAUUGUGAAGAAUUUUUUCGCCAUUUGAGAUCAUUGACUACUUUGUGUUCAACAAUUGUUAAUUUUCAAUGCUGGACUUAUUGCAUAGAGUUCAUAGAGUAGACUUUAUGAACUAUGCAGAAAAUAUACUGCAAUGUUAUGGAGUCAAUUCGAAGAAGAGUUCCAAAACCUGCCAGACAUUUCAACUUCCGGGCCUAGAGGAAAUCGAACAAACUGUUCUGAAUGCCCAAGUUGACGCUGAAAAUGAAAUGUUGCACCUGGGUCUUCAGGCUGUGCAUCCUAUCUCAGCCUCGAUCUCAGCAUUAUUUCCUGAAAUAAGGUCUGAAAUUCCUUUUGAAACACCCAUCACGAACGAAGAACGGAAUGAUGAUGAAGUCAAUACAUAUGCUGAUGCAGAUGUUGACUUGGAUGAUGAGCACAACUAUUUGGAUCUCGAUUUGGAUCAUUUGGAUAUAACUGUGGCUUCAAACGGUGAUUCCAGCAUGCAUGCCGAGAUGUAUGUACCUUUGGAUGUUGAAGAUGAAUUGCGGCUUAUGCUAGGAGAAAGCGCUAACAACAUUGAAAUGAAACAUCUCAUCAAGGAAAAUGUAUCAAUUAAAUCAUCACGACUGUACUUCAAAAUGCAGAAUUCAGAUGGAAAAGAAGUUUUUGUGAAAAAGUCAACUGUCGUUUGGUUGUUUAACAAUGUUAAGGAUACCGUUAGUUCAGAUCGCCUAUACCGUUUUGUUAGGAAUAAUGAUAGGAGAGUUGAUCCUAUUUUAGCCCAGUCUGGAGGAACGCAUGAUGAAAUUCAUAUUGGAGAUUGGUGUGAGUUUAAAUAUAGGGCACAUGGAAGAACACGAGUCGUGUAUGGUAAUGUGGUAGGAUUUGAAUACAUCAUCGGUAGAUCGAAGAACUACACGCUGCACUGCGCUCCAAUAAAACCACCCAGUGGCAUUGUGCCAACAGGAAUUUUUGUGUAUGCUAACUGGUUUGAACGAUGUGGCAAUGUAGCGAACAAAAUUCAACUUACUAACAUUGUAAAUGAUGGUCGGAUUGAUAUAGAUUUGUACAAAACACAUAUCCAAUCUCCAACAUUUAUAAACAAUGUUAUGACACUAGCUUGAACGCAGUUGUUUGUAUGAUUUGAAGUUUGACUAUUCUAAAUAUAUAAUAAAUACGAAAGGUUCACGACUUGAGGUUAAUAAAAAGAGAUCGAAAGAAAUAAAAAAAAUAGUUGAUAAUCAAAUAUUAAAACUCGGAUUUAAUUGAAUUUACACAAAUUGAAAAAAAUAACCCUGGGAAUAUAAACUUUAUAGAAUAUUCGGUAAUUGCUACACUAAGACUUGUGUAAUAAUUUCGGUAGUACAUAUUUAAAAAUUGUUUAUUCAUUAAUAAAUUGUACCCAAGAUUACUGCCGUUCUACCGAUGGUUGUCCCAUGUUCUACACAAACCUUGUGCACGCUGGGAUAACCAUGCAUAGAACGGCAGAUUAAAGUGUACUCAAAUAUUCUUUAGUCAACCAUAUCCAACCUACCAUAUUUUUAACAGUGCAUUAUUCUUAUAUUUCGUUGGUUUACCGAAAACGAAUCUUGAUAAACAAAAUUAUUUCAAGGUUUAACCUUCUAACGCCCAUGGUGUGUGUAGAGCAUCAUUUCUUCAAGGUUCCCUCGGAGGUUCCAACUCUCACUAAAUUGCGAAAUAUUGUAAAAUUGUAAUUUGAAGUACUAACUGUAAAACUAUUGAUUUACAACAUUAAGUAAAAAUGAGCGCUCACUCUUUAGUUUUAGUUUUACCUCGAGCCUUACUCUAUGUUUACAGUCAAACACAAUUUAAAACAAUAAAAAAAUUAAACGGCUACGAUGUUGUUAUUGAAGCAUUUUUCAUACA